AUGGACGACGCUAAGAAGAUCGAUUUGCUGCUCAUACGGCGUGAUACCUUGCUGGCUCAGCUAGAUCGGGCCGAAAAGUUCAUCGAAAACUAUAUCAUCGAACGGGAUUCGCUCGAGGUACCCAUUAGGUUGCAAAACAUCGACGUCCUAUGGAAUAACUUGGAAGCAGUUCAAAUCGAGCUGGAGGCGCUACAGACAACUGGUGAAGGUAAUUUAACGUCAAUGUUGCCUCCUCCCAUCUCUAUGAGCCGCAGCCCUGAUCACUCGAUCAAUUGUCCACCAUCCACUUUGCAAGGCCUCCGUUUGCCUACGAUCUCCUUGCCUGAAUUUAACGGUGAUUAUAAUCAAUGGCUGAGUUUCCAUGACACUUUCCUCGCUCUGAUACACAACAAUCGUGAUCUUCCUUCAGUUCAGAAAUUCCACUACCUGCGGGCAUCACUGAAAGAAGAAGCCUACCAACUAAUUGAGUCAAUCCACAUCAGCUCUGAUAACUAUGAAAUCGCCUGGCAAUCACUGAUAAGUAGGUACUCUAACGAAUAUCUUCUGAAGAAACGUCAUCUUCAGGCUCUUCUCGACAUCCCUAGGAUGGGAAAGGAAACGGCAGCUUCACUUCAUACUACCGUUGAUGAAUUUGAAAGACAUGUCAAAAUACUAGCACAAAUGAAAGAGCCCGUUGAUUCCUGGAGUACCAUACUUGAACAUCUUUUGUGUACGCGAUUACACGACGAAACUUUGAAGCUGUGGGAGGAUCAUGCUGCUAAUGUUGCCGAUCAAAGUUUCAACUGCCUUCUAGGAUUUCUUCAUAAGAGAGUGCGCGUAUUGGAAUCGAUUUCAGUCAAUCAUAACACACAUCCCCAACCUACUGCUGCCAACUCAACCGAUAAUAGUCAUCGAAGAGCUCAACCAUUUAGAUUUUCCACUCAUUCCACGACUGCUGAAGCCCGUUAUUCGAAAUGCUAUGCUUGUGAGGGAACUCAUCCGUUAAUCCAUUGUCCCACGUUCGAGGCCCUUGGUCUGCAAGAAAGAAUCCAAAUUGUCAGUUCCAAGGGAUUAUGCUUUAAUUGUUUUCGUCACGACCAUCUGGCGAGAAAUUGUAGCUCCGCCUAUCGCUGUAGAUUGUGCCAAAGACUCCACCAUACCAUGCUCCAUCCCGAAACGAACCCAAAUGUACAGGUAUCCCAACGUCAACCACAUUCGAAUCGCCCUAAUGCAUCAGUGCACUUUACCCAAGCGGAAGCAACCGGUCCAUUAUUUGAACAGGAAUCUCUACACACGAUGAUGAAUAUUUCCAAUUCUCCUCCUAGAAAAUUGAUGAGUAGUAAUGUCAACACAGAAGCAUGCUGCAUGCUUAUGCCAACCGUUAUUCUUAAAAUCGUUGAUGCUUUUGGAAAGGAACACUUCGCACGUGCUCUGUUAGAUUCUGCUUCACAGCCAAAUUUGAUUUCUGACCAACUAGCCCAGCUAUUGCGGCUGCCUCGAAUCAGAACUGACGUCAUUAUUCAUGGCAUCGGCCCAAAAGCCCAGAGAACUACCGAAUCUGUAUCAACGGAGAUUCGUUCUAGGAACAACUCCUUCAUCAGAACUGUUAAUUUUCUCGUACUCAAAAAACUUACCGUACAAUUACCUGCCCACACCAUUAAUACUGAAGGCUGGAAGAUUCCUAGAAAUAUAACAUUCGCAGAUCCAACUUUUGACCUCGCCGGCAAAAUCGACAUGAUUAUUGGUCUGGAACAUUUCUUCCAUUGCUUCAACUCCGCCCAACGUAUUUCCUUAUCUGAAAAUUUGCCGCAGCUUGUUGAUAGCGUUUUUGGUUGGCUUGUUACUGGAGGAAAACACACAGAUGAAACGAAUUCUACUUCUUGUACGGUAGUUGCUAUUUCUUUAGUUAGCCUACAAGACAAAUUAGAAAAGUUUUGGAAAUUAGAAGAGCUGCCGGAAAGAAUGGAUUGGUCAUUCGAUGAAUGCCAGUGCGAAGCUCACUUCAGAAGCACAGUGAAUAGAACAAAGACCGGAAGAUAUGUCGUACGUUAUCCGAAGAAAAGCUCGUUCGACGAUCUGAUGGGCGAAACGAAAACCGCUGCUCUGCGAAGAUUUCAACUAUUGGAGCAAAAACUAGAAAAAAACCCAAAACUAAAAAUUGAAUAUCAUGCGUUUAUGGAAGAGUAUCUGCGUCUUGGACACAUGAAAGAGGUUAACGAAACACGUUCUCCAGGUCGAGUUUGUUAUUUGCCGCACCACCCGGUUCUGAAAGAGUCAAGUACUACCACAAAAACGCGUGUUGUUUUCGACGGUUCGACAAAGUCGUCAUCUGGUCAUUCGCUAAAUGAUGGCCUUCUCGUUGGCCCUACUAUACAGCAGGAUUUGAUCACUCAAGUAAUCCGAUUUCGCACUUUUCCUAUAGCCUUGAUCGCAGACAUUGCCAAAAUGUACAGGCAGAUUCUUGUGCAUCCAGACGACACUCGCAUGCAAAGAAUUCUUUGGCGCUUCAGCCACACUGAUCCUAUACGAACAUACGAAUUGCAGACUGUAACUUAUGGGUUAGCGCCUUCAGCUUUUCUCGCAACACGCACCUUGCAGCAGCUGGCAGAAGAUGAAGGCCAUACUUAUCCCCGCGGGAAGAAUGCACUGCUAAAAUGGUUUUAUGUCGAUGAUUGUAUCGGAGGUGCUGAGUCCAUCGAGGAUGCGAUUGAGCUUCGUGACGAGCUAGACAAGUUGCUGAGCAAGGGAGGAUUUCCUUUACGCAAAUACACAUCAAACAAAAUGGAAGUCCUCAAAGAUUUGAAAUCCGAUCAAAUAGGGACCCAGUCCAACUUCGAAUUCAGUCCUGAAGAAACCAUCAAAACGCUUGGGAUAACCUGGGAGCCGGAACCGGACACCUUUCGUUUCGAUUACAAUACAACUUCUCCAGAGAAAAUUACGAAACGUGCCAUAUUAUCAACCAUAGCCCAGCUGUUUGAUCCUCUCGGGUUAAUAUCUCCAGUUGUCGUACGAGCAAAAAUUUUAAUGCAAGAUUUAUGGUUGGAUUCAAGUGGCUGGGAUGACCAGGUUCCUCCUAGCAUAGAAAAACGGUGGGAAAAUUUUAAGAUUCAACUUCCUCAACUCUCCAAAUAUCGAAUACCGAGGUAUGCCCUCCUUCCGCAUUCCACCGUUGAACUACACACCUUUGUUGAUGCCUCCGAAGCCGCAUACGGAGCAUGCACGUAUGCUAGGUCCACUGAUGCAGCUGGGAAUGUCAGAAUUGAGUUGCUGGCAGCGAAAAGCCGAGUUGCUCCAUUGAAGAAGGUUUCCCUCCCCAGGCUCGAAUUGUGCGCGGCUGUCAAAGGCGCAGAGUUAUACUCGCGCAUCAUGCAAUCCUUGGAGUUCAACCCAUCUGCUUCAUAUUUUUGGACAGAUUCGACCGUCACGCUGCAAUGGCUAAAAUCGCCCCCCAGUACGUGGAAGACAUUCAUCGCAAACCGAGUUUCUGAAAUCCAGAACACAACUCACAAUGCAAAUUGGAAUCAUGUUGCUGGAAGCCAGAAUCCAGCCGACAUGGUAUCCAGAGGUGUCUCCGUGGAUAAUUUUAUAUCUAAUCAGCUGUGGAAAAAGGGACCAUCGUGGUUGGCAGAACCACGAACAAGCUGGCCAAUAUCAGAAACAUGUCCGUCCAAUAUGGCCGAAUGUGAACGCCGAGACAUGAUUGUAGCUGUUAUCCGCACUGAAGCUCCCGAUCCGCUGUUUACAACAUAUCCUGUUUUAAAAACGUUAAUCAGAACCACCGCUUACUGCAUUCGAUUUUUCAAAAUACUUCAAGCAAAUUUUCAUAAAAGAGUGGCACCCGAUAUUAGUAAGCGACCAUCGCUAGAGGAAAUGAAGCAUGCAAAAUUAGCAUUGAUAAGGUGGGCUCAGAGGGAGGCAUUCGGGAGAGAAAUAGGCGAUUUAAAAAAAGGCUCACAAUUACCAAAGGCUUCUCAGAUCAAGGCUCUUAAUCCGUUCAUUGAUAGCGAGGGGACGAUCAGGGUGGGAGGUAGGCUGAGGCAUUCGGAACAGUCUUAUGAAUUCAAACAUCCUAUAUUGCUUCCAAAUUUCCACCCUCUUUCGAAGUUGAUUGCUCAAUUUUACCACUACAAACUGAUUCACGGUGGCGGCCAAGUGAUGCUGGCUGUGAUACGCGAAAAAUAUUGGCCCAUAAAUGGACGUCGGCUGGUGAGAAAUAUUGUUCGAAAUUGCUUCCACUGUUCCCGAGCGAAUCCCGUUCCAGCACAGCAGCAAACUGGUCAGCUGCCAUUCCAUCGCACUGCGCCUAGCAGGCCCUUUUCAAUUGCGGGAGUUGAUUAUGCUGGACCUUUAUAUUUGAAGCCGGUCCACAAACGAGCAGCACCACAGAAGGCCUAUGUAUGCUUGUUUUUUUGUUUUUCGACGAAAGCUGUUCAUAUUGAGCUGGUCAGCGAUCUCACGACACCAGCCUUUCUCUCAGCACUGCGUAGAUUUGUAGGGCGCCGUGGACCACCAGCUCAUAUCUAUUCGGACAACGGGAAAAACUUCGUUGGGGCCAAGAACGAGCUCCAUCAAAUCUACACUAUGUUGCACAGUUCUGCAGAGUCAGGACAGAUCGACGAAUUCUGCCUCCAGAAGGAAAUCGAGUGGCAUUUGAACCCUCCUAGAGCACCGCAUUUCGGAGGAUUGUGGGAGGCUGCAGUAAAAAUUGCGAAAAGGCACCUGUACAGGCAGCUAGGAGCCAGUCGACUUUCCUUCGAAGAUAUGUACAGCAUCCUGGUAGAAAUUGAAGCAGCAAUGAACUCCAGACCACUGACACCGUUGACAGAGGAUCCGAAUGAUCUCACAGCGCUUACACCGGCACAUUUUCUCAUCGGCACGACGAUGAAUUCUGUUCCUGAGGUCGACGUUUCGCAGCUGCCAAUUUCAAGGCUGGAUCACUACCAACGAAUGCAAAAGUUAUAUCAAUCGUUCUGGUAUCGAUGGCCACCGAGGCCGAAAACAUCGCUAGCGAACCUUCCGAAUGAAAGGUUACUACAGAAGCUCGCAUUGGAUGCGAAAAAAAACUCUACCAUCCGGCCGGACAAACGCCGGAACUAUUCCAGCGCCGAACGAGGUGAAAACUGGGCAGAAACGACCAUGCAUUCACAUCAUGAACAGCAGGCGGAAAAAACAUCACUCGUCCAGUUCCUCAAUCAUGAUUGCGAAAACAUAAUCACAACAUUCCGAAGGCUGGAGCAAGAGAUCAACACCACAGAAGCAGCUACCAGGAGCCAGUUUUUUUCACCGACGGUGGAAGCGCACUAA